CAUCAGCAGCAGGUCAUCAGAGACUGGUACCAGUAGUCAGGAACUGCAGGAAGGCCAUACUGAACAACUGUGAACUCACACAGACGUGCUGUAAUACUGUAGCCUCAGCUCUCCAGUCAUCAAACUCACCCCUGAGAGAUCUGGACCUCAACUACAAUAACCUGGAAGAUUCAGGAGUGAAGCUGAUCUGUGUUGGACUGAUGAGUCCAAACUGUAAACUGCAGAGACUGGGACUGAACAGCUGUGACCUCACAGAGAAGUCCUGUGAUAUUGUGGCCUCAGCUCUCCAGUCACCAAACUCACCCCUGAGAGAUCUGGACCUCAGCUACAAUGACCUGGGAGAUUCAGGAGUGGAGCUGCUCUGUGCUGGACUGAUGAGUCCAAACUGUAAACUGCAGAGACUGGGACUGAACAACUGUAAACUCACACAGAAGUGCUGUAAUAUUGUGGCCUCAGCUCUCCAGUCAUCAAACUCACCCCUGAGAGAUCUGGACCUCAGCUACAAUAACCUGGGAGAUUCAGGAGUGGAGCUGCUCUGUGCUGGAUUGAGGAGUCCAAACUGUAAACUACAGAGACUGGGGCUGGGUUGGUGUAAUCUCACAGAGGGCUGCUGUGAUGUUCUGGCCUCAGUCCUGCGUUCUCCUGACUCAGAGCUGAGAGAUCUGGAGCUCAGAGACAAUGAGCUGCAGGAUUCAGGAGUGAGAGCGCUCUCUGCUGGACUGGAGGACCCACAUUGUAAUCUGCAGAGACUGAGGCUGUCAGGCUGUAGAGUCACACAGAGAGGCUGUGAUUCUCUGGCUUCAGCUCUGUGUUCAAACCCCUCACACCUGAGAGAGCUGGACCUGAGAUACAAUCAUCCAGGAGACUCAGGAGUAAAAGCGCUGUCUGCUGCUAAACUGGACACACUCACACUGCUGAUCCAGCAGUCACUGGAGUACAGCUCUUUUGAUGAGAAGAGUUCAGAUAAAUUAUCUUCCGCAAUAAAGUCUCUCCUGCUCACUCUGAUGAAGCUGAAGAAGGAUGUGAAGUUGAAACUGUUUCAGAGCCAUCUGACUCAGGAUUGCCCGGAAUGCUGUCUUGACGAUCAGUUUAUGAAGUUUAUUAAUGAAUUGUUCGACAGUCGUGAAGUUGAUGAUUACCCUGAAUGCAUUGAGAGAGAGCAGGAGGAUCCUGAGGCUGUGUGCGUCGUUGAGAAGUUGCUGGAGGCCUGUGGCAGUGAGGGGUUUCUGAAGAUCACACUCCACAUCCUGAGGAAGAUGAAGCAGAAGGAGCUCGCUGAGCACAAUGAGUCCAUAAAAAAAGCCCAGCAGGCACUGAAAACACAUCUGAAGAAGCAGUUUGAAUGCAUAUUUGAAGGUUUAGCAAAGCAGACAACCCUCCUCAAUGAGAUCUAUACAGAGCUCUACAUCACAGAGGGAGGAAGUGGGGAGGUCAAUAAUGAACAUGAAGUCAGACAGGUUGAGACAGCAUCCAAGAGACAAACCACACAGGAGACUGCAAUCCUCUGCAAUGACAUCUUUAAGCCUUUACCUGGACAAGGGAAACCUAUCAAAACUGUGCUUACAAAGGGCAUCGCUGGCAUUGGGAAAACUGUCUCUGUGCAGAAGUUCAUUCUGGACUGGGCAGAAGGAAAAGCCAAUCAGGACAUUGAUUUCAUCUUCACUCUUCCUUUCCGAGAUCUGAAUCUGCAGGAGAAAAGAGAAUUCAGUCUGAUGCAGCUUCUGCAGCACUACUUUCCACAGCUGAAAGAGAUCAAAAGUGUUGAAGGUGAUGAAGUCAAAGUUGUAUUUAUCUUUGAUGGACUGGAUGAGUGUCGACUUCCUCUAAAUUUCCAAAGUAAUAAGUACUGCUCCGAUAUAACAGAGUCAUCAUCAGUGGAUGUGCUGCUGACCAACCUCAUUAAGGGGAAUCUGCUUCCCUCUGCUCUCCUCUGGAUCACCUCCCGACCAGCAGCAGCCAAUCAGAUCCCUCCUGAGUGCGUCCACCAGGUGACAGAGGGACGAGGUUCAAUGACCCGCAGAAGAGAGUACUUCAGGAAGAGAAUCAGAGAUGAGAACCAGGCCAGCAGAAUUAUCUCACACAUUAAGUCAUCCAGGAGCCUCUACAUCAUGUGUCACAUACCAGUCUUCUGCUGGAUUUCUGCUACUGUUCUGGAGACAAUGUUGGGUAAAACAGAGAGUGGAGAUCUGCCCAAAACUCUGACUGAAAUGUACACACACUUUCUGCUCAUUCAGACUAAGUGAAGAAUCAAAUAUCAUGGCACUGAUGAGACAGACACAAAGAAGAUGUCAGCAUCAGAUACAGAAAUCAUCCUGAAACUGGGGCAGCUGGCUUUUCUACAGAUGGAAAAGGGCAAUCUGAUAUUCUAUGAAGAGGACCUGAAAGAGAGUGGCAUUGAUGUCAGUGAAGCUUCAGUGUACUCUGGGGUGUGCACAGAGAUCUUUAAGGAGGAGUGUGGGUUGCACCAGGAGAAGGUCUACUGCUUUGUGCAUCUGAGCAUUCAGGAGUAUCUGGCUGCCUUGUUUGUAUUUCAAUCAUGUGUAAAUGAGAACAGAAAUGUACUCAGAGCAGAAGAAUCAAAACCUCACAGUGACAGAGUGCAGCUGUCUGAGUUACACAGGAGUGCAGUGGAUCAGGCCUUAGAGAGUAAGAAUGGACACCUGGACCUUUUCCUCCGAUUCCUUCUCGGCCUCUCCCUGGACUCCAUUCAGACUCUCUUAGGAGGACUACUGACACAGACAGGAAGCAGAUCAGAGAACAUUAAGAAAACAGUCCAGUACAUUAAGGAGAGGAUCAGAGAGGAAUCUUCAGCAGAGAGGAUCAUCAAUCUGUUCCACUGUCUCAAUGAACUGAAUGACAACUCUCUAGUGCAGGAAAUCCAGAAUUCCCUGAGAUCAGGAAAACUUUCUGAUGAAAAGCUGGAACCAGACCAAUGUUCAGCUCUGGCCUUUGUGUUACUGACGUCAGAGGAGGUCCUGGAUGAGUUUGACUUGAAGACCUACAACACAUCAGCAGCAGGUCAUCAGAGACUGCUACCAGUAGUCAGGAACUGCAGGAAGGCCAUACUGAACAGCUGUGGCCUCACAGAGAAGUCCUGUGAUAUUGUGGCCUCAGCUCUCCAGUCAUCAGACUCACCCCUGAGAGAUCUGGACCUCAGCUACAAUGACCUGGGAGAUUCAGGAGUGGAGCUGCUCUGUCCUGGACUGAUGAGUCCAAACUGUAAACUGCAGAUUCUGGGACUGAACAACUGUGAACUCACACAGAAGUGCUGUAAUACUGUGGCCUCAGCUCUCCAGUCAUCAAACUCACCCCUGAGAGAUCUGGACCUCAACUACAAUAACCUGGAAGAUUCAGGAGUGAAGCUGAUCUGUGUUGGACUGAUGAGUCCAAACUGUAAACUGCAGAGACUGGGACUGAACAACUGUGAACUCACACAGAAGUGCUGUAAUGCUGUGGCCUCAGCUCUCCAGUCAUCAAAAUCACCCCUGAGAGAUUUGUACCUCAACUACAAUAACCUGGAAGAUUCAGGAGUGAAGCUGAUCUGUGUUGGACUGAUGAGUCCAAACUGUAAACUGCAGAGACUGGGACUGAACAGCUGUGACCUCACAGAGAAGUCCUGUGAUAUUGUGGCCUCAGCUCUCCAGUCAUCAAACUCACCCCUGAGAGAUCUGGACCUCAGCUACAAUGACCUGGGAGAUUCAGGAGUGGAGCUGCUCUGUGCUGGACUGAUGAGUCCAAACUGUAAACUGCAGAGACUGGGACUGAACAACUGUAAACUCACACAGAAGUGCUGUAAUAUUGUGGCCUCAGCUCUCCAGUCAUCAAACUCACCCCGGAGAUAUCUGGACCUCAGCAACAAUAACCUGGGAGAUUCAGGAGUGGAACUGCUCUGUGCUGGAUUGAGGAGUCCAAACUGUAAACUACAGAGACUGGGAUUGAACAGCUGUGACCUCACAGAGAAGGCCUGUGAUAUUGUGGCCUCAGCUCUCCAGUCAUCAAACUCACCCCUGAGAGAUCUGGACCUCAGCUACAAUGACCUGGGAGAUUCAGGAGUGAAGCUGCUCUGUGCUGGAUUGAGGAGUCCAAACUGUAAACUACAGAGACUGGAUCUCAGCUACAAUAACCUGCGAGAUUCAGGAGUGGAGCUGCUCUGUGCUGGAUUGAGGAGUCCAAACUGUAAACUGCAGAGACUGGGACUGAACAACUGUGACCUCACACAGAAGUGCUGUAAUAUUGUGGCCUCAGCUCUCCAGUCGUCAAACUCACCCCUGAGAGAUCUGGAGCUCAGCUACAAUAACCUGAGAGAUUCAGGAGUGGAGCUGCUCUGUGCUGGAUUGAUGAGUCCAAACUGUAAACUGCAGAGACUGGGGCUGGGUUGGUGUAAUCUCACAGAGGGCUGCUGUGAUGUUCUGGCCUCAGUCCUGCGUUCUCCUGACUCAGAGCUGAGAGAUCUGGAGCUCAGAGACAACGAGCUGCAGGAUUCAGGAGUGAGAGCGCUCUCUGCUGGACUGGAGGACCCACACUGUAAUCUGCAGAGACUGGGGCUGUCAGGCUGUAGAAUCACACAGAGAGGCUGUGAUUCUCUGGCUUCAGCUCUGUGUUCAAACCCCUCACACCUGAGAGAGCUGGACCUGAGAUACAAUCACCCAGGAGACUCAGGAGUAAGAGCGCUGUCUGCUGCUAAACUGGACACACUCACACUGCUGAUCCAGCAGUCACUGGAGUACAGCUCUUUUGAUGAGAAGAGUUCAGAUAAAUUAUCUUCCGCAAAAAAGUCUCUUCUGCACACUCUGAUGAAGCUGAAGAAGGAUGAGAAGUUGAAACUGUUUCAGAGCCAUCUGAGUCAGCAGUGCCCGGAAUGCUGUCUUGACGAUCAGUUUAUGAAGUUUGUUAAUGAAUUGUUCGACAGUCGUGAAGUUGAUGAUUACCCUGAAUGCAUUGAGAGAGAGCAGGAGGAUCCUGCGGCUGUGUGCAUAGUUGAGAAGUUGCUGGAGACCUGUGGCAGUGAGGGGUUUCUGAAGAUCACACUCCACAUCCUGAGGAAGAUGAAGCAGAAGGAGCUCGCUGAGCACAAUGAAUCCAUAAAAAGAGCCCAGCAGGCACUGAAAACUCAUCUGAAGAGGAAGUUUGAAUGCAUAUUUGAAGGUUUAGCAAAGCAGAGGCACCCAACCCUCCUCAAUGAGAUCUAUACAGAGCUCUACAUCACAGAGGGGGGAAGUGGGGAGGUCAAUGAUGAACACGAAGUCAGACCGAUUGAGACAGCAUCCAAGAGACAAACCACACAGGAGACUGCAAUCCCCUGCAAUGACAUCUUUAAGCCUUUACCUGGACAAGGGAAACCUAUCAAAACUGUGCUUACAAAGGGCAUCGCUGGCAUUGGGAAAACCGUCUCUGUGCAGAAGUUCAUUCUGGACUGGGCAGAAGGAAAAGCCAAUCAGGACAUUGAUUUCAUCUUCACUCUUCCUUUCCGAGAUCUGAAUCUGCAGGAGAAAAGAGAAUUAAAUCUGCUGCAGCUUCUGCAGCACUACUUUCCACAGCUGAAAGAGAUGAAAAGUGUUGACGGUGAUGAAGUCAAAGUUGUAUUUAUCUUUGAUGGACUGGAUGAGUGUCGACUUCCUCUAAAUUUCCAAAGUAGUAAGUACUGCUCCGAUAUAACAGAGUCAUCAUCAGUGGAUGUGCUGCUGACCAACCUCAUUAAGGGGAAUCUGCUUCCCUCUGCUCUCCUCUGGAUCACCUCCCGACCAGCAGCAGCCAAUCAGAUCCCUCCUGAGUGCGUCCACCAGGUGACAGAGGUACGAGGGUUCAAUGACCCGCAGAAAGAGGAGUACUUCAGGAAGAAAAUCAGAGAUGAGAACCAGGCCAGCAGAAUUAUCUCACACAUUAAGUCAUCCAGGAGCCUCUACAUCAUGUGUCACAUACCAGUCUUCUGCUGGAUUUCUGCUACUGUUCUGGAGACAAUGUUGGGUAAAACAGAGAGUGGAGAUCUGCCCAAAACUCUGACUGAAAUGUACACACACUUUCUGCUCAUUCAGACUAAGGUGAAGAAUCAGAAAUAUCAUGGCACUGAUGAGACAGACACAAAGAAGAUGUCAGCAUCAGAUACAGAAAUCAUCCUGAAACUGGGGAAGCUGGCUUUUCUACAGCUGGAAAAGGGCAAUCUGAUAUUCUAUGAAGAGGACCUGAGAGAGAGUGGCAUUGAUGUCAGUGAAGCUUCAGUGUACUCUGGGGUGUGCACAGAGAUCUUUAAGGAGGAGUGUGGGUUGCACCAGGAGAAGGUCUACUGCUUUGUGCAUCUGAGCAUUCAGGAGUAUCUGGCUGCCUUGUUUGUAUUGCAAUCAUGUGUAAAUGAGAACAGAAAUGUACUCAGAGCAGAAGAAUCAAAACCUCACAGUGACAGAGUGCAGCUGUCUGAGUUACACAGGAGUGCAGUGGAUCAGGCCUUAUUGAGUAGGAAUGGACACCUGGACCUUUUCCUCCGAUUCCUUCUCGGCCUCUCUCUGCAGUCCAUUCAGUCUCUCUUAGGAGGACUACUGACAGAGACAGAAAGCAGAUCAGAGAACAUUAAGAAAACAGUCCAGUACAUUAAGGAGAGGAUCAGAGAGGAAUCUUCAGCAGAGAGGAUCACCUAUCUGUUCCACUGUCUCAAUGAACUGAAUGACAACUCUCUAGUGCAGGAAAUCCAGAAUUCCCUGAGAUCAGGAAAACUUUCUGAUAAAGAGCUGGAACCAGACCAAUGUUCAGCUCUGGCCUUUGUGUUACUGAUGUCGGAGGAGGUCCUGGAUGAGUUUAAGUUGAAGACAUACAACACAUCAGCAGUAGGUCAUAAGAGACUGCUACCAGUAGUCGAGCACUGCAGGAAGGUCAUGUUCCAGCAGUCACUGGAGUACAGCUCUUUUGAUGAGAAGAGUUCAGAUAAAUUAUCUUCUGCGAUAAAGUCUCUCCUGCUCACUCUGAUGAAGCUGAAGAAGGAUGUGAAGUUGAAACUGUUUCAGAGCCAUCUGAGUCAGGAUUGCCCAGAAUGCUGUCUUGACGAUCAGUUUAUGAAGUUUAUUAAUGAAUUGUUCGACAGUCGUGAAGUUGAUGAUUACCCUGAAUGCAUUGAGAGAGAGCAGGAGGAUCCUGAGGCUGUGUGCAUAGUUGAGAAGUUGCUGGAGACCUGUGGCAGUGAGGGGUUUCUGAAGAUCACACUCCACAUCCUGAGGAAGAUGAAGCAGAAGGAUCUCCCUGAGCACAAUGAAUCCAUAAAAAGAGCCCAGCAGGCACUGAAAACUCAUCUGAAGAGGAAGUUUGAAUGCAUAUUUGAAGGUUUAGCAAAGCAGACAACCCUCCUCAAUGAGAUCUAUACAGAGCUCUACAUCACAGAGGGAGGAAGUGGGGAGGUCAAUGAUGAACACGAAGUCAGACAGAUUGAGACAGCAUCCAAGAGACGAACCACACAGGAGACUGCAAUCCUCUGCAAUGACAUCUUUAAGCCUUUACCUGGACAAGAGAAACCUAUCAAAACUGUGCUUACAAAGGGCAUCGGUGGCAUUGGGAAAACUGUCUCUGUGCAGAAGUUCAUUCUGGACUGGGCAGAAGGAAAAGCCAAUCAGGACAUUGAUUUCAUCUUCACUCUUCCUUUCCGAGAUCUGAAUCUGCAGGAGAAAAGAGAAUUCAGUCUGAUGCAGCUUCUGCAGCACUACUUUCCACAGCUGAAAGAGAUGAAAAGUGUUGACGGUGAUGUAGUCAAAGUUGUAUUUAUCUUUGAUGGACUGGAUGAGUGUCGACUUCCUCUAAAUUUCCAAAGUAGUAAGUACUGCUCCGAUAUAACAGAGUCAUCAUCAGUGGAUGUGCUGCUGACCAACCUCAUUAAGGGGAAUCUGCUUCCCUCUGCUCUCCUCUGGAUCACCUCCCGACCAGCAGCAGCCAAUCAGAUCCCUCCUGAGUGCGUCCACCAGGUGACAGAGGUACGAGGGUUCAAUGACCCGCAGAAAGAGGAGUACUUCAGGAAGAAAAUCAGAGAUGAGAACCAGGCCAGCAGAAUUAUCUCACACAUGAAGUCAUCCAGGAGCCUCUACAUCAUGUGUCACAUACCAGUCUUCUGCUGGAUUUCUGCUACUGUUCUGGAGACAAUGUUGGGUAAAACAGAGAGUGGAGAUCUGCCCAAAACUCUGACUGAAAUGUACACACACUUUCUGCUCAUUCAGACUAAGGUGAAGAAUCAGAAAUAUCAUGGCACUGAUGAGACAGACACAAAGAAGAUGUCAGCAUCAGAUACAGAAAUCAUCCUGAAACUGGGGCAGCUGGCUUUUCUACAGAUGGAAAAGGGCAAUCUGAUAUUCUAUGAAGAGGACCUGAAAGAGAGUGGCAUUGAUGUCAGUGAAGCUUCAGUGUACUCUGGGGUGUGCACAGAGAUCUUUAAAGAGGAGUGUGGGUUGCACCAGGAGAAGGUCUACUGCUUUGUGCAUCUGAGCAUUCAGGAGUAUCUGGCUGCCUUGUUUGUAUUUCAAUCAUGUGUAAAUGAGAACAGAAAUGUACUCAGAGCAGAAGAAUCAAAACCUCACAGUGACAGAGUGCAGCUGUCUGAGUUACACAGGAGUGCAGUGGAUCAGGCCUUAGAGAGUAAGAAUGGACACCUGGACCUUUUCCUCCGAUUCCUUCUCGGCCUCUCUCUGCAGUCCAUUCAGUCUCUCUUAGGAGGACUACUGACAGAGACAGGAAGCAGAUCAGAGAACAUUAAGAAAACAGUCCAGUACAUUAAGGAGAGGAUCAGAGAGGAAUCUUCAGCAGAGAGGAUCACCUAUCUGUUCCACUGUCUCAAUGAACUGAAUGACAACUCUCUAGUGCAGGAAAUCCAGAAUUCCCUGAGAUCAGGAAAACUUUCUGAUAAAGAGCUGGAACCAGACCAAUGUUCAGCUCUGGCCUUUGUGUUACUGAUGUCGGAGGAGAUCCUGGAUGAGUUUAACUUGAAGACAUACAACACAUCAGCAGCAUGUCAUCAGAGACUGCUACCAGUAGUCAGGCACUGCAGGAAGGCCAUGAUCCAGCAGUCACUGGAGUACAGCUCUUUUGAUGAGAAGAGUUCAGAUAAAUUAUCUUCUGCAAUAAAGUCUCUCCUGCUCACUCUGAUGAAGCUGAAGAAGGAUGAGAAGUUGAAACUGUUUCAGAGCCAUCUGAGUCAGGAUUGCCCGGAAUGCUGUCUUGACGAUCAGUUUAUGAAGUUUAUUAAUGAAUUGUUCGACAGUCGUGAAGUUGAUGAUUACCCUGAAUGCAUUGAGAGAGAGCAGGAGGAUCCUGCGGCUGUGUGCAUAGUUGAGAAGUUGCUGGAGACCUGUGGCAGUGAGGGGUUUCUGAAGAUCACACUCCACAUCCUGAGGAAGAUGAAGCAGAAGGAGCUCGCUGAGCACAAUGAGUCCAUAAAAAGAGCCCAGCAGACACUGAAAACUCAUCUGAAGAAGAAGUUUGAAUGCAUAUUUGAAGGUUUAGCAAAGCAGACAACCCUCCUCAAUGAGAUCUAUACAGAGCUCUACAUCACAGAGGGAGGAAGUGGGGAGGUCAAUAGUGAACACGAAGUCCGACAGAUUCAGACAGCAUCCAAGAGACAAACCACACAGGAGACUGCAAUCCUCUGCAAUGACAUCUUUAGGCCUUCACCUGGACAAGGGAAACCUAUCAGAACUGUGCUUACAAAGGGCAUCGCUGGCAUUGGGAAAACUGUCUCUGUGCAGAAGUUCAUUCUGGACUGGGCAGAAGGAAAAGCCAAUCAGGACAUUGAUUUCAUCUUCACUCUUCCUUUCCGAGAUCUGAACUUGAAGAAGGACAGAGAAUUCAGUCUGAUGCAGCUUCUGCAGCACUACUUUCCACAGCUGAAAGAGAUCAAAAGUGUUGAUGGUGAAGUCAACACCUUCAAAGUCAAAGUUGUAUUUAUCUUUGAUGGACUGGAUGAGUGUCGACUUCCUCUAAAUUUCCAAAGUAAUAAGUACUGCUCCGAUAUAACAGAGUCAUCAUCAGUGGAUGUGCUGCUGACCAACCUCAUUAAGGGGAAUCUGCUUCCCUCUGCUCUCCUCUGGAUCACCUCCCGACCAGCAGCAGCCAAUCAGAUCCCUCCUGAGUGCGUCCACCAGGUGACAGAGGUACGAGGGUUCAAUGACCCGCAGAAAGAGGAGUACUUCAGGAAGAAAAUCAGAGAUGAGAACCAGGCCAGCAGAAUUAUCUCACACAUUAAGUCAUCCAGGAGCCUCUACAUCAUGUGUCACAUACCAGUCUUCUGCUGGAUUUCUGCUACUGUUCUGGAGACAAUGUUGGGUAAAACAGAGAGUGAAGAUCUGCCCAAAACUCUGACUGAAAUGUACACACACUUUCUGCUCAUUCAGACUAAGGUAAAGAAUCAGAAAUAUCAUGGCACUGAUGAGACAGACACAAAGAAGAUGUCAGCAUCAGAUACAGAAAUCAUCCUGAAACUGGGGCAGCUGGCUUUUCUACAGAUGGAAAAGGGCAAUCUGAUAUUCUAUGAAGAGGACCUGAAAGAGAGUGGCAUUGAUGUCAGUGAAGCUUCAGUGUACUCUGGGGUGUGCACAGAGAUCUUUAAGGAGGAGUGUGGGUUGCACCAGGAGAAGGUCUACUGCUUUGUGCAUCUGAGCAUUCAGGAGUAUCUGGCUGCCUUGUUUGUAUUUCAAUCAUGUGUAAAUGAGAACAGAAAUGUACUCAGAGCAGAAGAAUCAAAACCUCACAGUGACAGAGUGCAGCUGUCUGAGUUACACAGGAGUGCAGUGGAUCAGGCCUUAUUGAGUAGGAAUGGACACCUGGACCUUUUCCUCCGAUUCCUUCUCGGCCUCUCUCUGGACUCCAUUCAGACUCUCUUAGGAGGACUACUGACACAGACAGGAAGCAGAUCAGAGAGCAUUAAGAAAACAGUCCAGUACAUUAAGGACAGGAUCAGAGAGGAAUCUUCAGCAGAGAGGAUCAUCAAUCUGUUCCACUGUCUCAAUGAACUGAAUGACAACUCUCUAGUGCAGGAAAUCCAGAAUUCCCUGAGAUCAGGAAAACUUUCUGAUAAAGAGCUGGAACCAGACCAAUGUUCAGCUCUGGCCUUUGUGUUACUGAUGUCGGAGGAGAUCCUGGAUGAGUUUGACUUGAAGACAUACAACACAUCAGCAGAAGGUCAUCAGAGACUGGUACCAGUAGUCAGGAACUGCAGGAAGGCCAUGGUUCAGGUAGAAAGAGCAGGGUCACCUGUACCCAGCUGUGUGUCUAUGAAGAGUGAUCAUUCAAUGGGGAGGAUAAUCAGCUUCAGAGAAGAGUUUCCAGGUGAUUCAAGGGCCCAGGUAGAAAGAGCAGGGUCACCUGUACCCAGCUGUUUGUCUGUGAAGAGUGAUCAUUCAAUGGGAAGGAUAGUCAGCUUCAGAGAAGAGUAUCCAGGUGAUUCAAGGAUCCUGCAGUCACUGGAGUACAGCUCUUUUGAAGAGAAGAGCUCGGAUAAAUUAUCUUCCACAAAAAAGUCUCUUUUGCGCACUCUGAUGAAGCUGAAGAGGGAUGAGAAGUUGAAACUGUUUCAGAGCCAUCUGAGUCAGGAUUGCCCAGAAUGCUGUCUUGAAGAUCAGAGUCUGCCUGAAGAUCCUACUUGGCUGGAUAAGUUUAUGAAGUUUAUUAAUGAAUUGUUCGACAGUCACGAAGUUGAUGAUUACCCAGAAUGCAUUGAGAGAGAGCAGGAGGAUCUUGAGGCUGUCUGCAUAGUUGAGAAGUUGCUGGAGACCUGUGGCAGUGAGGGGUCUCUGAAGAUCACACUCCACAUCCUGAGGAACAUGAAGCAGAAGGAUCUCGCUGAUUCACUGGAAAGAGAUGAGCACAAUGAAUCCAUAAAAAGAGCCCAGCAUGCACUGAAAACUCAUCUGAAGAAGCAGUUUGAAUGCAUAUUUGAAGGUUUUCCAAAGCAGACAACCCUCCUCAAUGAGAUCUAUACAGAGCUCUACAUCACAGAGGGGGGAAGUGGGGAGGUCAAUAAUGAACACGUAUUCAGACCGAUUGAGACCGCAUCCAAGAGACGAACCACACAGGAGACUGCAAUCCUCUGCAAUGACAUCUUUAAGCCUUAUCCUGGACAAGAGAAACCUAUCAGAACUGUGCUUACAAAGGGAAUUGCUGGCAUUGGGAAAACUGUCUCUGUGCAGAAGUUCAUUCUGGACUGGGCAGAAGGAAAAGCCAAUCAGGACAUUGAUUUCAUCUUCACUCUUCCUUUCCGAGAUCUGAAUCUGCAGAAGAAAAGAGAAUUCAGUCUGAUGCAGCUUCUGCAGCACUACUUUCCACAGCUGAAAGAGAUCAAAAGUGUUGAAGGUGAAGUCAGCACCUUCAAAGUUGUAUUUAUCUUUGAUGGACUGGAUGAGUGUCGACUUCCUCUAAAUUUCCAAAGUAAUAAGGACUGCUCCGAUAUAACAGAGUCAUCAUCAGUGGAUGUGCUGCUGACCAACCUCAUUAAGGGGAAUCUGCUUCCCUCUGCUCUCCUCUGGAUCACCUCCCGACCAGCAGCAGCCAAUCAGAUCCCUCCUGAGUGCGUCCACCGGGUGACAGGGGUACAAGGGUUCAAUGACCCGCAGAAAGAGGAGUACUUCAGGAAGAAAAUCAGAGAUGAGAACCAGGCCAGCAGAAUUAUCUCACACAUUAAGUCAUCCAGGAGCCUCUACAUUGUGUGUCACAUACCAGUCUUCUGCUGGAUUUCUGCUACUGUUCUGGAGACAAUGUUGGGUAAAACAGAGAGUGGAGAUCUGCCCAAAACUCUGACUGAAGUGUACACACACUUUCUACUCAUUCAGACUAAGGUGAAGAAUCAGAAAUAUCAUGGCACUGAUGAGACAGACACAAAAAUGUCAGCAUCAGAUACAGAAAUCAUCCUGAAACUGGGGCAGCUGGCUUUUCUACAGAUGGAAAAGGGCAAUCUGAUAUUCUAUGAAGAGGACCUGAGGAAGAGUGACAUUGAUGUCAGUGAAGCUUCAAUGUACUCUGGGGUGUGCACAGAGAUCUUUAAAGGGGAGUGUGGGUUGUACCAGGAGAAGGUCUACUGCUUUGUGCAUCUGAGCAUUCAGGAGUAUCUGGCUGCCUUGUUUGUAUUUCAAUCAUGUGUAAAUGAGAACAGAAAUGUACUCAGAGCAGAAGAAUCAAAACCUCACAGUGACGGAGUGCAGCUGUCUGAGUUACACAGGAAUGCAGUGGAUCAGGCCUUAGAGAGUAAGAAUGGACACCUGGACCUUUUCCUCCGAUUCCUUCUCGGCCUCUCUCUGGACUCCAUUCAGACUCUCUUAGGAGGACUACUGACAGAGACAGGAAGCAGAUCAGAGAGCAUUAAGAAAACAGUCCAGUACAUUAAGGAGAGGAUCAGAGAGGAAUCUUCAGCAGAGAGGAUCAUCAAUCUGUUCCACUGUCUCAAUGAACUGAAUGACAACUCUCUAGUGCAGGAAAUCCAGAAUUCCCUGAGAUCAGGAAAACUUUCUGAUGAAGAGCUGGAACCAGACCAAUGUUCAGCUCUGGCCUUUGUGUUACUGAUGUCAGAGGAGAUCCUGGAUGAGUUUGACUUGAAGACAUACAACACAUCAGCUGAAGGUCAUCAGAGACUGGUACCGGUAGUCAGGAACUGCAGGAAGGCCAUGUGAGUAUUACGUCAUUAAUAAUGUAGAUGAUUUACCACAUAUUUUCCCACUUUUUAAUUCUGGUCAGAAUAAAGUGCAAUAAAAUUGCCGGGCAACAGAAAAUUUGGUUAAAAAAAGAUUUAUGAAUCAAGAUGUUUUAACUCGUGCCCUCAUUUAAUGUCUUGUAUCCAGAACAUAAGCAGCAUCAAAUGCAAAACCUCAGCACUUACCAUAUAUUUUAUUUUAUUUAGUAUUACUAUUUACUGAUUUGAUACUUUUACUAAUUAUUUGCAAAGAUAGCAAUUGUGAAAUAAAUAAGGAGUUUAUUGAUAUCAGAGUGAUCUGAUGGAUCAACCUUUGUCAGAACAUACAAUUCAUGCAGAUUAAAAUGAAGAGAA